GGUCAAAUUAUCGCCAUGUCCACACAAAUCGGAGCCGGUAGUGUCGACGGUGACAGAGUCCCAGCACGCAACGACCCUUGGCUCAACUUCGCUUCGUCUGCUGUACAGAACAAUAUGGCCGAGAAAGAUAUCCCCCUCGCGGCCGUUCAGGUCGAGGCCCUGGUCGUUAUGAAAGUUAUAAAACACAGCUCGCAAAGUUUCCCUACCGUUGCAACCGGUUCUCUCGUCGGUAUGGACGUUGGCAACACCCUGGAGGUCACAAACACAUUCCCGUUCCCCGUCAUCGAAGUGCCUCCUGAGUCCCACGUCGACAACGCGACUCCAAACGCUGCCGCUGCUGCUCCCCGGGCAAAGGCGAACGCUGUAUACCAGGCCGAAAUGAUCCGCAUGCUUCGUGAAGUCAACAUCGAUGCUCAGAAUAUCGGAUGGUACACCAGUGCGAACAUGGGCAACUUCAUCAACUUGAACGUUAUCGAGAACCAGUUUUUCUACCAGAAAGAACUCAACGAGAGAACUGUUGCGCUUGUCCACGACAUCAGCCGCAGCUCUCAGGGAACCCUGAGCCUACGUGCAUUCCGCCUUUCCCCGCAGUUUAUGAAUGCUUUCAAGGAGAACAAAUUCACUUCAGAGCAACUUCAAAAGUCUGGCUUCCGCUACCAAGAUAUCUUUGUUGAGCUGCCUGUCCAGAUCCACAACUCUCACCUCCUCACAUCCUUCCUUCACCAAUUGCCUACUCCCCUCCCGUCCGAGCCGUUGGAGCUCCCGGCAUCUCUGGCGGCACUCAACAACGGCCCAAUCGCCCAGUCGAAUACCCUCACCCCUAACUUUGACAACUUGUCCUUGAGCAUCGAUCCGUUCUUGGAAAAGAACUGCGAUUUGCUUUUGGAUGCCAUCGAAACCCAUCACACAGAGAACAACAACUUCCAAUACUACCAAAGAUCGCUUGCCCGUGAGCAACAAAAGAUUGCCACCUGGCAAGCCAAGCGCAAGGCCGAGAACAUGAGCCGCACGACCCUCAAGCAGCCUUUGUUGCCUGAAGAUGAGUGGCAACGGCUCUUCAAGCUUCCUCAGGAGCCCAGCCGAUUGGAGAGCAUGCUCAACACCAGGCAAGUCGAGCAGUACUCUCACCAAGUCGACGGCUUUGUGUCUUCGACGACCGGCAAAAUAUAUCUGGCUCCCGGAGCAUUCUUCACAACCUACGAAGGGAUCAAAUACACACUCAACACAGGUGCAAAAUUGUCUAGCAACCCCGAGCAAAACCUGCUACCAUUCAGUCACUCCUUUCCAACACCGGUCGUGAACGGUAUUGCCUCGUCUACCGCAGAAUGCGUAUCUUGCUUCAUUCUCACGCCAGCCGAGACCUUGAAGCAGAAUGCGCAAAUGGUGACCAUAGCCAACCACCACGACUCCGAUAAUAUUAAUAAUAACAGUAAUAGCACGCAAAGAAUAACAGCAAAGGGAAGAAAAGCCAAUGCAACAAUGCAUGCUAUAUCCCAGUUCCGUAGCCAUCCCGCGCAACUGUGGCGUGGCUAUGGUGCUCUUGUGGCCAGGAAUCUGCCUUUUACUGCUAUGCAUUUCCCGCUUUUUGAGCAUAUGCGAGAGAGAAUCACAGUUCGGUGGGGAAAGCGGCAAGGAAAUUUAGGAAUGGGAACUAUUUUUGAAAGAGCAGUCAUCACGGCUGUCAGUGCCGGAGUCUCCGGGGGAAUUGCCGCAACGGUUACAACGCCAAUUGACGUGGUCAAGACGAGGGUUAUGCUUGCAGCAGGGAAAGAUAAUGAUUUGCCAAAGACCGCGUCUGGUAAGUCGUCCAGUAGUUUGGCUGUUGGGCGCCAGAUUUACCUCAAGGAAGGCUUAAAAGGUCUCUUCAAGGGCGGGGUGCUAAGGGGAGGCUGGACUGCGUUGGGGAUAGGUCUAUACCUCAGUGUAUACGAGAGCGGGAGAAUGUAUCUUGAGAAAAGGAGGGAGCAUAAUAUAGAAGACACGAGUUGA